GCCGCGUGUGUGUCAUCUCUGACGUUACCGGCCCGCCUACAUCGCCCUCUGUCUCCCUCAGUGACAGAGAGAGACGCUGCAGCUGCCUCACGGAGGAUCCACGACUCGUCGGGAGUGAACCGGACUAAUGUCAGCGUCACGGCGAGGGAAGCACGGCGUCCGCUCAGUCCUUAGUGCUAUGGAUACCGGAGGACAGCACUGACCAUCCAGGAACCAUGCCUACUGUCCUCGGUGGCAAAGGGAAACUUUCCAUUGUCUGCAUUCUGCUCCGAUGCGCAUAUUCUCAGGUAAAAAGAAGCCAACACAACUGCUGUGCCAAAGAUAUUUUCGAGGACAUGACUCAGUCCUGGCCGUCCCAGCAAGCCUUUGGGGGUGACCAGGAGCGGCGAAUCCUCUACAAGUCUAAGGAUGCAAAACAAGCCGCUGCACAGCAAAGACCAGGUCGGGGCGAUGUCCAGCUGCGAAUGAACCGCCACCCUCACGUUGCACCUCACAAAUCCAUGCUCGCCGAUGACCUGAAGCUGAGCAGUGAUGAGGAUGACACCCAAAGGGGCCUUCAUGAGUCAUCUUCCUGGGAUAGACACAGCCUGUCAGCACAGCGAGCGCACACACACGGCAGGCGGGUGAGACAUUCCAGCUCCGACUCUUCGGGCUCGGACUCCAGCGUCGAGUCGGCCAGCAGCAGCCUUCGUUCCCGGAGCCCCAGCCAGAGUCCAGAAGUUCACCCACAUCCUGCGUCGCCUCCUGCCAACGCGCAGCCACCGUGCAGCAACAAGGAGACUGAUCACCCAUCUGCUGCCCAGUGGCAGUUGGAUAAAUGGCUGAAGAAGUCUCGGAAAAAGUCUGCCAGCAGUGAACAAGAUCCCUCCCAGAGCAUUCCAGGACGCCUGCUCUCCCCCCAUAACCAGCGCGCCCCAUCGCCAGCCAGGUCGUGGGACAGCGAUCAGGAGUAUAGCCCUAGCCAAAGCCCUAUUCCCAGCCCACAGUUCAAUUACAGCCGCAACAACAGCCCCCUGCCUAGUCCCGGGUACAGCUUCUGCCCUAGCCCCAGUCCUUUUCCCAGCACCUGUCCAAGUCCGAGCCCGAGUCCAAGGCACGGACGGGAUAGUCCCAGUCCGGUUCCAAGUGUUUGCCCCAGCCCGUGUGGGAGCCCGACAGCCAGCCGUAGCCCUAGCCCCUUGCCUAGAGAUCCUCCAAAAAGCCCAAGCCCCACUCUACCUGCUCCACCGAGGGUGAGUCACUACCCUGAGGUUCAGACUCAGAACCAAACACAGCCAGUCAGUUCCCACAGGACAAAAAUUAGGCCAUGGAUUGCCCCAGUGCCCAACACCAACACAAAGAGCAAACCCACUAGUAAUACUCAUGCCCAGCCACCUCAUCAGCACAGGCCCAAGACUCGACCCACCAAGGACCAAGAUCAAAGCCAAAGGAAGUCCAAGUCCUCUGCGGUUUUAACUUCUGAUCAGACUCAAAGUCACAAAUCUAAACCCAAGCCUGACUUAUAUUCAAGCUCUAAAAAAACGUCGGAUGCUCCCGCGGCUAAAAACAGAUCACACUUUGAGCAGGGUAGCCGAUCCAGCCACCAGCCCCGUCUUCCAUUUCAGCCUAGCUCACGACAUAGUCCCACCAGAGCAAAGCACUUAGUUCCCUCUAGUCGUGAAAACAACACUGGUCACAAUUCUCAUUCCCAAUCUACCUCGAAAGCUGCUCAUAAUUCUAGUGCUGGGCCCAUCCACAGGUCCAAGUCUUGGGAGGCCACAGCGCCGACCUCUGCACAUGUUAUCCACACGAAAUCAACGCAAAAGAAGCCCCAAGCUAAGGAACAGGGAGUGAAUCACAGAAGGGAUCAUCAGACGCAAGCACAAGGGAGACAACACGAGAGAAAAGAGGAGAGGAAUAGGGAAAAGCAACGAGGGAAACAGGAGAGAAACGAAGGCAGGAGGCUGGCGGAGGAGCAGCUUCUGAGACGUCCCUGGAUCCAAAGUUCAUCUGAAGAAGAGGAGGAGGAGGAGGAGGAGGAGGAGACAGCAAGAGAACGGCAGAGGAAGAGAGAGGAGACGGAAAGAGAGGAAAGCAGGAGGAAGAGGGAGCAGCCACACAGAAACGAAUGGCAAACAGUCCAGGCCAAGCAGAGGGUGCCUUCAAACAGCCAGCGACACCGACUCCAAGACGACUCACGCCAUCAGGGGAGGACCAGAACGGGGAGAAGUGAAAAGGAGAGAGCGCCACAGCGAGACCCAUCGCCUCCCCAUUCUUCGCGUUCCCCAACUCCUCGCCGAACAUCCUCCUCAUCCUCUGCCGCUUCCUCCUCAAAUUCAGAUUCAGAGUCUGAAUUUCAGGCUCCGGUCGCCAGAGUCCCGGCGGACUCCACGUCUCACAAGAAAGGCCAACCAGACUCGGGCAGACCCGACGCCACCAGGCCGAAGGCAGUGCACUCCAAAGCGCCCAGCUCGGAUAAAACAAGCGACGCUCCGCAAAGUGAGAGCAAGCAAAAACUCUACACCCUGGUGCCAUUUGGAAGAGGAGAAAAGGCUGCAUACCCCUCCCAGCGGGGGUUGAGAAAUCUGGUGGUGCACAUAGACCUCUGUCUUCUCAAGAGGGUCCCAGACAGCACUACCACCUCCCCUGUUAAAAAAACUCCCUCUUCCUCCUCCUCCUCCUCCUCCUCUUCAUCAACCGGGGACAAGCAAACGGAGGCUAUGAAACACGUGCAUGUCCCUGACAGCAAAAGGAAACGCAAGCUGGAGAAUGGCGUGUCACACAGAGAAAGCAAGAGGAGUCUUGUUUAUACAAAUGACAUCUCAAACCACACACAGUCUUCAUCUCUCCCAGCUGAGACCUUCACAUCUGAGAACACACAAAAUGGGUAUUUGGAGGAGUACUUGGACGAUAAGAGGCCAUUGUCACCUCUGUCUCCAUUGUCCCCCUUGCCCCUGAGCCCUGAGUCUACCAAGCCUACCUCCAAAGCAAAGACCGCUGAGCAGCAGAACGUCAACAAUCACAAGAGCAAAGACAAAAAUAAAGAGUCUUCUAUAAAGCCCAAGACGGAGGUGGAGUGCGUAAAAGUGUCAAAACAACAACAACCCCAACCGACGGCGGAGUCAUGGGCCCCUGCAGGACAGAGAGGGACGGUGCCAAACCCUGAAACUCCUCACCACGCUGAGUACUACCUACAUGAAGCUAAAAGAAUGAAACAUCGCGCUGACGCCAUGGUGGAUAAACUCGGGAAGGCUGUGAACUACGUUGACGCCGCUCUCUCAUUCAUGGAAUGCGGAAAGGCAAUGGAGGAAGGGCCACUGGAGGCGAAGUCUCCUUACACCAUGUACGCGGAGACCGUGGAGCUUAUUAGAUACGCGAUGAGGCUAAAGAGCCACUCCGGCCCUGGGGCGAGACAGGAAGACAAACAGCUGGCGGUUCUGUGUUUCCGAUGCCUGGCCCUCCUCUACUGGCAGAUGUUUCGUUUAAAGAAGGACCAUGCACUGAAAUACUCUAAAGUACUGCUGGAUUACUUUAAGAGUUCUCCCAAAGUGCCUACUACACCACCCGGUUGGAACGACUCUGGGAAGGGUACAGGAGGACCCCCCGCUUCACUGUCACCCAAUGCCAAGCACCUAGGACGGGGUUCACAUGGGGGCAGCAGCUCUGCCUCUGUCAUUAGCAUUCCCCAACGUAUCCACCAGAUGGCAGCGAAUCACCUGAACAUUACCAACAGUGUCCUGUACAGCUAUGAGCAUUGGGAGGUGGCAGACAACCUUGCAAAGGAGAAUAAAGAGUUCUUCAACUACUUAAAUACCCUGUCUGGGCCAUUGACUCUUCACAGUAGCAUCGCUCAUGCCGUCCAGUACACCAGACAGGCUCUUCAGUGGAUACGCAUUAGUGCCAAACUUAACUAAGGAUUUACUUUAAUCUGCCUACUGGAUCUCCAGGCCUCAUUUACUGUAAAAAAAAAAAAAAAAAAAGAAAAAAAAAAGACAGUACUUUGGACCCCUAUGCAGCUAAUAGGACAGCACUGAUACCUACAGUGGAGUGUGAAAUGGAGCCUAACGGCUUACGUUGCGGCGCAUACGGUUCCUCGCUGUGUGCAACGCAAGAAUGAUCUUCCUCAUCAUUGAAUCAAUCCGAGUAUGCAGUGGACAGUUGCAGUCUCUAAUCAUUUGCCAAAUGUCCGCGGACAUCAAAGAACUCACGUGUGUGCACACUCGCGUGCAAAGCCUUUUUUUUUUGUACUUGGUAAUUAAUCAUUACCCAGCAGACUGUUUUCUCUGGAGAGGAGAUGCUAAAAGGAGACCAACCAAGCACACAAAUGUAUCCGCAUCUUUUUCUAAUGAAGUUUGAUGUCUAAAGGAUAAAAUAUUCUGACUUUUAUGUGUUUUUACUGUGCAAUAUUUGAUGGUUUAUCUGUUUUUAGAAAAAAAGAAGAAAAAAGAAGAGAAUAAAUUG